ACUACGUCAGAAGACGGCAAACAAAAGAUAUGAACACGCCGACGCCGCAGUCGCCGUCAACGUCGCCGUCGCAGUCGCAGCCCACAACGACGUCAACGUCGCAGCCAAGGUUCGCCUGAACGUUAGGUGAAUCGAAUAAAUAUAAUUUUUUCCGAUAUUUUAUUAACAUUUGUUGCGUUGUGCCGUUGUUAUUGUUAUUUAUUUAUUUAUUUAUUUUUAUUUUUUAAUAUUUUUUUAACGGUUGCGUGUGUAAAGUUAGUGACCUUAGAGUGAAGCGUGAUUUCGCAGUAAGGAAAACUGCAUUUGUGUGUUUUGAAAUUGAAAUCGGAUCGAAUCGUAGCAGGCCCAGACGGCAUUAGCAAUGCCUUGGAGACUGUCUCCAUUCACUUUUUGAUCCGAACCAGACUAGAACACUUGGCCUAAUUACACAAGCGAUUCUAGGCUAAAAUUCAACAACAAAUUGGCAUUAUUUUGAACUAUUUUGUUUUUUUUUUUUUUUGCUUUCGCGGAAAUUGUUAUUUUUGUUUUGGUAGGCUACAAAAAAAAAAAUAGAAGAAAAAAAAGAGGAUUUUCAUAAUGAGCCAACGACGAGUUUUUUGCCUAAAUGCCACGACAAUGGGUCUGUCCACGUCGCCGCCAUCAUCGCCGGGUGGUCCGCCCCCGGAGUUAGAUAGGCAGCCGGAGCAAAAGGACCUGCCACAGCAGCAAACGCAGCAGCAGGAAGAGGAGAAGUGUGAAGAGCAGCCAAACCAACAAAAUGAAAAGCCAAAUAAGCCAAUGGAUGAGUCUAGGAAACAACCACAGGAGGAGGCAAAAGAUCAAGCACAGCCACCUCCAGCGGUGGCAGCACCACAGCCAGCACGCUCAGCACCAUCGGCAGCACGUGCAGCAUACCCCACCAUAAGCGAUCUGCCAAACAUAUGCAGGCACUAUGCGGCGUGCAGCUUGUCGGGCGGAUGUGACGCGUCUAUUGGAUUCGGCAAUCUGGAGGGCAAGUCGGGCUCGACGCUCACAAGCACCGAGCACUACCACAACCAGCUGCAGAAGCUGCGCACCAUUUGCGGCGAAGCGGCCAUUACGAACUUUGAGCUGAAUAACUUAUUCCUAAAUCGACUCAAGGAGAUCGAUUGCCUGGAUGAGCAAUGCGGCGGCGAUUCGAAAUUCACCAAACUGCGGCUGGCCACAUUUCAGGAUUGGGUCGAUCUACUGCUGCAUGUCAACUACAUUAUUUUUGGCAAUAUGUCGGCCAUGGAGGUGGAGGCGUACGAGAAGAUCAUGAACUGUUUCCAAUCGGUGCGCGGUGAACAGCAGCAGGCCCAGGAUGAGAAUCGCAAGCUGCGCAAGGAUAUGUGCGCCAUUAUAAAGCUGGUGCAGCACGCCUUCCAUCACAAUACCUGGAACACGGACGACAUGUGCCUGGAGACGUUGACGGUGAAUCAGCUACUGGGCAUACAGGGGGAUCAGGCACGACCGGAGAGCGAAACCGAGAAGGUAGCCAAAUGCAUGCGCUCUUUGGCCAAUGAGGUGGCGGCCAAGCACGACGAGGUCUGUCAUCUGGAGUCCCAGAUGUGUGCCCUCGACGAGGUGGUCCGAACGGCGCGACAAAAGCUCAUUCUCAAAGAUCAAUGCAUAGCGCAGCUCAAUCAGCAGCUGGCGGAACUGCAAGAUUGUCUGGCAAAUAUGUCCCAAGAAUUGAACAACAAGACACGAACAGUUAAGCAGUACGAGGAGGCCUUCGAUACGAUGGACAGCAACAGCUGUUUGUUUGAUAAUAUCAACGAGAAGGAUCAGCAGGCCAACGAGCUGAUGCGCCUGCUUAACAAGGAGCUGAACGAAUUCAUAAGUAUCAUAAGCACCAAGGACUUUCAGGCCAUGGAGUGCAGACGGAAGCUACUCUCCUGCUUCAUCGACCGAAUUAACAACGAUCGCAUCGAAACAAUGCGCAAACUGGAAAAUAUGCGCUCACAGCUGCGAGCAUUGGACUGCAAUAUUGAUCAACUGGAAUCGCCGAUGGCUUGUAGCACACAGCGACCCGAAGAUGAGUAUGAUAAUCAGCUAAUCGAUGGGCUGCGUCGGCGACUGAUAGCGAUCAACGAGUGCAACAAGAAGCUCAACUUCAGGUGCCAACAGGUAGAGGCCCAACAACGAUUUGAGAUCUUGAAUGUCACGUCUGACCUUGAGGCUGUGCGUGCUAUAAAUGAGAAAAAUAGCCAUGUAUUGAAGGAAAUAGCUGAUCUGCUCUCCAAACUGCGCUGCCGUGAUCUAUCUUAUGAGGAGAUCUAUACUGAAAAAUCGUCGGACAAUCCAUUCUGCAAGGCCAUCAUGGAAAUGUAUGAGAAACUAAAUCAGCUGGAGAACAAUAAGGAGACAGAGAACCUGCAAUCAUUCGCCGGCGACAGCGAGCCGCAAACAUCUGCCCACGCUUUUUUUGGUGAGGAUUGUCCGCAUCGAAGACAAUUAGAGCACACGCUGCUCUAUUGCCAGACUCAAGCGGAACUGUUGCAAGCCACAAGAGAUAAUUAUCUGAGCGUUAUUGAGGAGUUUCGGCGUGAUCUGGAGGAGCUAACCGAACAGGUGCAGCAACAGCAACAACAAAACGAACAGCAUUUUUUUAAGGAAAUGGAACAAAGUGAAGCGUCGCAAAAAGUUCUGCAAAUCGCCAGUUUGCUCGAGGCAAAGGAAUACGAGCAACAGAAGGCAACAGCAAAUAAUGAAGCAACAAUACAAAUGUAUGAGGAUCAGUGCAAGGAGCUGCGGCGAGCGCAUAGCGAAGUGAAGAGCCUGAAGGAGCGUCUGUGCUCGUUGGAAAAGUGCCAGCAGGAGCUCAAUGCAGAGCGAAAUUCACUGUGCGCCGAGAUCUCUGCACUGAAGGACAAAGACGCCGAGCUGUGUGGCAAGGAUCGAGCUUUGAACGAGCAGCUGAAAUGCAAAGAGCAGGAUCUUAAGAAAUCACGGUGCCUGCUGCACGACAUGCAAUGCCAUCUGAAGCAGGAGGAGCGUCAGCAUAAGGAAACUCUGGACCGUCUGUGCAAGGCCAACGACGAUAUACGGCAACAAAUGCGCGCCGUUGCCAACGAAUGCAAACAGAUGCAGCUCAAGCUGAAACAGCAGACCAACGUAAACGAGCAGCAGCAACAGAUCAUUGAGUCGUUCCGCAAGUGGAAGGAUGCGCAGAUUCGAUCAGACGAAGCGAUGCGUCAGUGCAUUAAGCGUGCCGAGGAGCACAUCAAUCUGUUGCUGGAAGAGAAUCAGCGUCUGUGCGAGGAGUACCGGCGCCUAUACAGCGACUACUCCCAGCUCGAGUCGGAGAUGCAACGUGUUAAGAAUGCAGUCAAUAGCCGCUUUGAUACGUCAUCGUGCCCCCCACCCCAUCCAGAAGGCGUCUUAUGCAGGAGUCAGGCGGUUAGCGACGAAAUGGCCAAUCGCUUGAGGUUUAUGUCCUGUACGGCACAGCGCCUCUCUGCACAGUGUCAAGCGCUGAAGAGCAAUUCGCUGGAUUUGUCCAUUAUUAAAUCUAUGCAAUCCAGUCAAAAUUUAAAUACCGAAUCGACGACCCCAUGUUGGCAAUUGAAUGACACAGAGUCAGCAUCUAGCAUGUUGUGAGAAUCAUAUUAAUUCAUCUCUCUUCUAGUUGUGGUUUAUUGCAUGUAUAUGCAAUAAUAUUCAUACUUUUUACAAUUCUGUUUAAUACGCGUUUUUUAUUUUUACACACAUUUGGCCAACAGAUGUAAAUUGACA